UUUACCCUCGCUUCAUCCCUAUGAGGUUACUACCACCAAUAGCCGUAGUUCAAAUUCUAAAUCUAUUCGGACUCUAUGCUUACUUGUUACUAGAAUCUCAUCCUUACGCAACUCACCCCUGCACAAAUUCCAGAACGCAAGGUGAUUUCCUUUUCUAUGGUUAUGUUUUCAAGCUUAAGUUGCUUUGUUAGCAUCCGCUGAUACAAUGGAUUAUGUUGACUCUCAACCCCGCAACAUUUCUCAUUCAUGGUCCUGGAACGGCGAUGCUUAUACUCCGUCUCUCCAAGGUGUUUCUGAGAUGCGUACCCCAGCUCAACAUAAUAUAGAUAACACUGGGCUCAUAUAUGACUAUUCUACACGACAAACGAUGCCUUCAAACCUCAACAUCCAAAAGGCCUGCCCCCAUCCGUUUCUUGCGCCACCAUCCGCGCCAUUGAUAUACGACCUGCGCUAUGCGCCCACCUCUCUCCGUUUUCUAUCGCCACCUCCAUUUGCGGGCUGCGGGUACGAGUUCCUUCGCGUCUCACUUACGUCAGAGAGGCCUAGGCAGAUACGGCUCAUCAGCCCAUACUUUCCUUGGGCGUUUGACAUUGGCCCAAGUGCCGGAGAAGAGGCUGUGACGUGUCUCGACGUUCUCUCUACUCUGCACGCUGCGUUGCAGUGCCCGCUUACAGACACCGAGUGGGGAACCGCUGGAGACGAUAAACGUACAAGUCUCAUCAGAGCACGCGACCGUCGUCUGUGGAUACAGCUUGCGUUAUACGGGAGCUCAAAUCCUGCACCACACACUAGACCCACAGCGCAGCGAGAAUCACUGCUACUCCGUGUCGACUGGCUUGGAUCCAGCGUUGCAUUCAUGGGGCUUGUCAAGGAUGAGGCUUUUGCGAGGAGAAGACUUAUUCCGGGUGGUAGGGAGCGCCUUGAGACGUGGGUGGUGAAGUUCCGGAAAUUAUGACACUGAAGGUUCGGAGUAAAUGUACAUCACAGUUCCCACACAUGGACACAGAUUAGGGCACUUUUGGAGAUGAUCAAUGUGCUAGUCUUAUUGGAGCAUGCAAUAGCCUAAGGAAACAACCUGUGUUAAAGGGGAGCUCGAAUUCUGCUACACAAAAUAAAUAGGUAUCUAUUUAUGUGGUGAACUUUUCAUUUAACGCUGAGACACCACAUCAUGGGCCUAUGCAGAGAGCCGCUGCUACUCCGAGUCUGU